CCGUGGAGCAGUCUGGUAAACUAACAGAAGAGCGUUAGACGGUUAAAAAUGGAUUUACCGGCUUCAUAUUACGGGAAACUUGAUAAAAGAAACCCGGUCGUUUCAGCCUUUGAACGAGACAUGAACUCGUUUAUAACAUUGAUGAGACGAGUCGCCUCUUCGACCAGCCAGGACAACAGUUCUCGUGCUAAAGGGAUUAAAAUCCUGGUGGAGAUUUGGAAAAAGUACAAACAACGACUGCCUUCCAAGUUGUACCAGGAGCGCAUGUUGCAGAUUGCAGAUUUUCUCUUUGUACUAAAGUUGUACCAGCUCGCUUUUUGGCAGGGAUACAGUCUCCACCUGCUACAGUUCAACUCGGUGAAAAUAACAGACAUCGCAGACGUGGACCACUUCAUGGCCUGCUUCUUCCCAGAAGGUUUUGAUACAGACCAAGACACCUUUGCCAUGAAGAUCCGUGCGAUGCAGGGCUGUGCCUUGUGUAUAUUUGAGCAGGAGAAAAGGCACAGCUUCCUCUGCCAGAAGGGACUCUGUAAACUGCUGCAUGUGCUGAACUUCAUCAGGAUCAUGAUGCAGGCGUUGCAGCAACAUGAGCACCUCUGCUGGCAAAUAUAUAAUGGUUCAUUACUCAUCUACACCAUCUGUCGUUACCUGAUGACCAUGAAUUGUAGUGCACAGGCACUGGAGUACCUUCUGUGGGCCAGCAUCAGUCUCGAGCUGUCCGUCCCUCUGAUGACUGCGAAGUAUCUGCCGUGGAUUGUCACGCUCUACUGCGCUGUUUGCCACUGUUACUAUGAUAACCAGGCUGCUGUGCAGGCGGAGGAAUUUGCCAGGAGAGCCCUCGGAAAGAUCAAUGAGCUGGCAAAGCUGGAGGAGCAGGAGGACGUUCCUGCCACCAGAGAGACUCAGAGAGCUUACAAAGAAGCCUCUAUCAAGCUGGCUGCCAUGAUAUUUAAGCGUGCAGUGUUUGAGGCCAGAGGAAGACCCAAACCCAUGUUCAGAAUCAAAAGCAAAGGCAACUUGAAGGACAUAUCCAAUGUAGGGCCAUGGCCUCGUACUACAACAGAGCGCAUGCUAAUGGGCCUGUUUGACAGCAGUCCAGCGCAGUUCUUGGGCAUCUUGGAAGCACUUUGGGACAGCACCAGACGCCCGCUGCAGACAAGGCUGCCGGAUGAACCAGAGCUGCAGGAGGUGAUCCUGGAACUCCUGUCUGCUGGCAUUAGUAUCUUAUCUGGAGUCGCCACUACUAGUGAGUCUCUCGUGAGUCUCGGUGCGCUGACACCAACAUCCACGCUAAUGGAUUUAGCAAUUGCAGGAGAAAACAAAGUGCCCAUCAUGUCUGCAACGAGGUUUAUUAAGAUCUUGUUUCAGUACAAGCAGCCAGAUGCUUUCACUGAACUUGCCAGAGAGAUGCUGCAGGUUCUGUCUGGUGUGGAGGGUCAGUCGUUCAGGAGGGCCGAGCUGGAGCUUGCUUUACUUGACAGGUUCAAUAGUCUGCUGUCUUCUCAGAGGAGCCGUCCUAGAGAAGACAACAUGAUUGAUGAUGGACACAAGUCUUCAUUCUCAAUGGGGGAUGAGUUGAUUGACCUGGUAGACACCCUGCACAAGUCUGUUUGUGGCUCUGCUCCUGAGGUGCAGCCAGAUGAGGAUCUGGUUUUGGAUGUUGUGUUAUUUCUGUGGGAUAAAGUGAAGCUGGCGAUCCAGAGGUAUCCGCUACAACACCCAGAGUUUACACUCUACCAUGAGAAGGUAGAUGAUUACGACAAGUGGCUGUGGUGUCUGUCUAUGCUGUGUGAGGUGGCCUAUGCCUGUGACCUGGCAGCUCUUGACUGCAUAAUGACGGCGGAGAUGAUUCACACAUUGGCCGUACGGCUAGAGAGUGCAGCUGAACGUAAUCAAAGUCGAGGAGCUUGUGAAGCAGACAGUGAGGGUGUGAAGCCACGGUCUUUCUCUCUUGGGAGUUCCAGCACAGAGCUGCUUCAGAGGGUGUGUGAGGUGGUGGAUGGGGGUCUUGAGGCUCUGGCAAAGGGUGUAGCUACACUGCUGCCGCAAGAUUGCUCAGCAAUCACCGACUCUGCCUUCAUGCAGAGAUUUGGUCCUCUCCCUCCAUCGACUCCCUCCCUAUUUUCUCCGACAUCAUCACAGAAGGGAAAUGAAGAAGAUGAAAUAAGCCAAAAGAGGAAAGAAGAAUUCAAAACUAAGGCAGAAUCCGAUAUCGGAGCCUCUCGACACACUCAGUCCUCACAUGUGUUCCUGCUGGCCACACACCUUCAUCUAGAGCUUGACAUCAUCCACCACAGGGCUUCCCUCAAGUUACUGCAGCUAAAUGCAGUCACAGAGUCUGAACUGUUGGAUCGGACCAAGAAGAACAAGGUGUCCAAAGCUCUUUUUCUGAUGCAGAAAGCCUCACUGGCGCACAACAACAUGGAGCCAAAUAACAGCAACAAAACCAAGAGUCUGCUAGAGGAGGCCUCCACCCUGAUAGAGAAAGCAGGGGUGGAAGAGAGAAAACUGUAUAUCUCCGCCACCCCUAAGACUCCAGCUGAAAACAAAGAUAAAGGGAAGAAGGACAAAGAAGAAAACCCACCGCCUCCCCCUAUCCUGCUUUCACGCACUGACCGCUCCUUAACCUUUUCCCCAGCACCUUAUAACUUGGAGGGACAAGUGUGCUGGUACCAGCUCUGCGGCCGUGCAGCUGAGGGCAUUAACCGGAAAGUCCGCCUCGGAGACUGCAGCCUACAAGGAACUGGAAAUAUGGUACCAGCAGUGUCUGGUGAGUGCGUGCUGAGAGUGGAGGGUCUGGAGCCCAACCAGAAGUAUGUGUUUGCUGUAGCAGCCUACAACCACCAGGGCAAUCUACUGGGCAACACCAUAGGAGGGUCAACUUUCCCAAUGCUGGCAUCCUUGCCGGUACCACUGCUUUACACGUGGGCUCACUUGGCACAGGUGGCAUUUCAAACAGAGCAGCAUGCUGUAGCAAAGAGAGCCUGCAGAGAGCUGUGGAUCCACUAUACCUACACCGACCCGGGGUCCCAGGGCACACAGGAUAGACUGGCUAUCACAGGGCUGCGUGUCCAGACCUUGCAACGCUCCUCUCCUCACCUGUGUCAGUUGUUCCUCACUUCCAUCUUCAUUGAGACAGAGAUCAACAUUCAGCAGGGAUCGCUCUAUUGUGACUCAUUCAGUGAUAGUGGGCCGUUUGUCUGGGAACAGGAAGCCCGACUGGCAGAGUGUGAGCGAAUGCUGGUGGCCGUGGACCUGGCAAUGUGGUUGAAUGACGGUAGCGCUGCAGUGCAAGCUGUAGUCAGCUGUUAUGGCCUCCUGGCUCCUCUAAUAUUCCAUCAGAUCGCUUGCGACCCUGUUAUACAGGUGCUAAAGAAAUGUUUGAUGGUUUUGGAGGAGAAUUCAGGUCUUCUCAAACAAAAAUGGAUUGGAAACACCUCAGAGUCCUUUAUGCACAUGAUAGCCUGCAUCACCUACUACCUUUCCAAGGCAUUACGUGUGCUCAGGGAGCAUCAGAUGGCUUCUGUGGUGAUGGACAGUGGUCGCAGGCUGCUCCAACAGGUCUACGAUGCUCAGCUGCAGAUCAGUGGACUUGCCGCUAAAGCUUCUAAGAGAGAUCAUGCUGCAAUCAAGGGUAAAAUGACGAUAAGUCUUCAGCUGAAAGCACUGCACCGGAAGAACAAGAAAACAAUCGGAUCUGAAGCAGCUCUCAUCAUAGAAAGAGAGAUUGCAUGCCCACUGAUUGGCUGUGAGGUACCCACCGUAUUGUAUGAUCUGAUCUUCAACAGCACAUUAAAUUAUGCCUUUCAAAAAGUGAUGAAGCUCAGACACAAGGUAUAUUUUAUUGAGUUUGCGGCACUAAUUCUCCAGAGAGCCAUGGAAGAAGGCCACCCGGACCUUGUGUUAAAGUGGGGACAAAGCAUGUUUGACAUUUUGUGCAGACAAGACGAGAAGAUGGGAAUGUCCACAAAAUGUUUGGAGGGAAACAGUCAGAGUAAAAGAAGAAGUAGUGCUCAGGCUCCGAAAGGAAAUGAACCACCACAGCAGAACAAGGAAACACCUUCCCACGAUGACACAAGGAAGACAGUAAAGCAGAAAAUAGCACACAGAAUGCUCCAGGGAGUGAAAAGUAAAAGGGAAAGGAAGGCUGUAGAGAACCUGCUAACCAUGAUGUCGUCUGUGGUGCAACGCCACAAGAAGCUGCUUCAGCUGAGGAGCAUGUGCUGUCGGGAGAGUGUGUGGAAGUCUCAACUCAACUACAGCAUGGCCGAAGCCCAUUUAGCAUUGCUUUACCAGGGCCUGGACCAGCUGCAUGGAGGAGCCCUGCAGCAGAGUUACAGGCAGUUAAAUCCCUUGUUUUUCUCUCUGGCCUACUCUGGUGUUCUGGUGCGGAGGAACCCACAGCGACAGACAUCUUCCAAAUAUGAGGUUGUCUCAGAGAGAGACUCCUCGCACUGCGGUUUUAUGGAAUAUGUGGUUGCACACAAAGAGAGGAACGAAAAGGAGGCAGUCAGAGUGGACGACUCUGUCACAGAAGAGAGUUGUGAGGAGGGAGAGAUCUCUCAAAUGGUGGAACAGCGAAUUCAGAAUCACAGAUGCACUGCUACCUUGCUGCUGGACUCACUUACCAAAGCUGCUUUACAUCUCCAAAGGGCCAUGGUGUUGGCCCACCGUGGCAGUCACUGGACCGUUCUACAGUGUGUGUGUCAGACUGUGUGGGACCAAAGCUGCAGAAUCACCGUGCUAGUACAGAGAGCUGCUCAGCAUGAACCUCCCUCCUCCAUCACAGCAGACCAGCUGCACACCACCUUCACCCCACUACUGGUGCUGGCUACUGACCUAAUGAUGGACAUGCUGAACAGACUUGGGCUGUGGAGUUUGUAUGACAGAGACUUGACUGAGGAGGAACUUGAGUCCAGCCUCCACUUCUCCGCCCCACUGGAUAACAGCACCCAGGUGGACCUGCGUUGGGUUCGCACCCUGGUUUUGCACACUCUGGAGCGUCUCCAUGACAGUGGCAAAUGGGAAAGCCUGGCCCACUUUGCCUUAGUAUUCAACUCGUACACACGGGAACGCUAUGCCUUGAUCGUAACUCCUCUACUAGUCCAUGCUCAGAGGAGGCUGCUUGAAAGGAUAAGUUGUUUUGGAGGACCUGUAUUCCCUCAACCACACCAUGUCAAGACAAAGAAGGCCACCGGCAAGGAGGUAACUUACAGGAGCUACGCAGACUCCCAACUGCUCAUUGGAAGUACAGCUCACCCUGCACAGCAACCGACCAUUCUCAUAAAAGCAGCGCUCACAAACUCUACUCCUCGAGACACAGUUGACCUUAAAGGUGCAGAGAUGCAGCACUCCAUGUCCCUUGUGUGCGUUCCUCUGGAUGUAGAAGACACACUGAGCUGUUACCGUCAAGCUCUUGAGAGAAGGCCACAUUGUCUUCAGGUCUUCCAGCAUAGUCGCUCAUUACUGCUGCAACUUCUUGCAUUCACAAAGCCCUGCUUUGCGGCACAGUUGAAGCACUGUCAGAACAGAAGUCUCAGCCAUUCUGCAAUCCUGGUUGAUUUCAGUCCCUUAGUUAUGCCUGUUCCAAGCAUCCAACCUUGCGACCUGACCGAGGAGGACUACAGUAAUCCAAAUGCUCUCUACAAGCUCCCUAUCAGCCCUGACCACAUGACGACUGUCAGCGCUGCAUACUCCACCUCCAUUCAGCAUCUCCAGGCCAACAAUCACGACUCCCUCAGAGUUCUGGCGCUGCAUGAAAUGGGAAACCUACUGUUCUACGAUGGAAACACACGGGCAGCACACUUACACUGGAGUAAAGCAGUUGAUUGUGCCUUACAGAGCUCAGGUGCUUUAAAGAAAUGGGACGGCGUGUCCUUUCGGGGUGGCUCCCUGCAACAAACCCUGAAAGAGGUCGGCAUUUGGGGAUGUCUACAGGCUGCUGGGCUCACUGCUAAGAUUGCACGGUACAUCUUAACAGCUGAUAUCAGCGAGCGGACCAAGUGCUGUCUCAUGUCAGCACACCUCUUUAAGUGCGUGCUGUGUUGCUCCCUGGCUCAGCCACAGGCAGACCUCCAGUACACCUAUCACAGCAUCAGAGAUGAACUGCUCCCUGGAGUUGACCUUUUCUCUGAGCCCCACAGAGUUCACCUCAGCACCACCGUAACCGGCCUUAACUUCCUCUGCCACUGGCUUUUCACCACAGGCUACUACAUUACGCUACUGCCCAUACUAGCCCUUUACCUACAUUUUGUGGGAAGUGUGUGCAGAGAUGUCCAACGCACUGUUGAGGGCAAAAUACUUAAGAUUCGUGCCCUUACUGAACUGUGUCUGUUCACUGAAGCUGUAAAGGAGGCAGUUCAGCUCACACAAGGCACAGGGGUCCUUCUGCCCCAUGGACACUACAUCCCCAAAGAUAAUCUCCAACCUGCAAAGACGUUUUACAGCAACAAGUCUCUCCUGGACAAUUCUGAGGCUUUGGAGGAACUUGUGAACUGUGACUUUGCUCCAGCGGUCCGAUCACUGUAUGGAUCCACAUUGUGCCUCAGAUUCAACCUUGCUCGUAUUCAACUAGUCCUGGCACUCAGUGACACCGUACAUGGCUCUCAUGUGCCAGAUACUGUUGAAAGAGAAGCUUGUGCCAGCAUAACAAGUUGUCCAGUGAACUCCAAACCUCAUGAACAGAACAGAUUGGACACUGAGGCCUCCUGUCUAAAGACAGAAGAGCCAAAAGUGCUGACCCUUGAUGUAGAAAAGGAGAAGCUCACGCCAGAAAGAAUAAAGUUCCUUUUACUAGAAGGAGCAUCCUCCUUGUUGCACUCUAUUUUCCGUCAGCUCACACCUCAGUCCUGUGGUGAAAUGGAGAACCUGGAACUGUCAAUAGAGUCCAAUCUUCUAAAGGCCAAUCUAUACCUGCAGCAAGGACAUGCUGCAAAUAGUUCUGAGAUGGCAAUUUCAGCCUUGGUGCUACUGCAGACAAGUCCUGUGAUCAUGAGAGGAAUCAUACCUAGCUCUCCGAAACCCGCAUCUGAGAUCCUACAUGCCAGGACUGGAAUUGAACAGGGUUCUAAAGAUUGCAGUGUGUCAAACCUCCUGCAUGGAGACUGUCCUAGAGCAGUUGAGGCCAGUGAGAGAAUUGGAGUUUCUCUGUGGCUGCUCUGCCGCCUGGCUCUGGUCCGCAGCUUGGCUGCACAGAUUCCUGGCACUGCUGACGUUUUCCCAGGUAAGAACAUCAAUGAGGAAGCAGCUUGGGUGUUACAGGAGGGACUUGAUGAAUGUGCACGAUGGAGAGAACUGGAUAUUCAGGCCCUCUUCAUGGUCGAAGCUGCCGAAUUGGAAGCACAGAGAGGAAAUACUGACGACAGCAUGGCAAUGCUGCAG